AUGGCAUCAGCAUGGUUGCUCCAGGCUCUAUUCACAACGGUUUUGAGCAAUGAAAUUCUACAGGCAAGACAAGCGGGGACACACGACAAGUUCCUUUUGGCCAACACCACCUCUGGUACGCUGAGGGGAAGGGUUGACUCUGGACUUCCAGUCCCGGUGGCAAGGUUCGCUGGCAUUCCCUAUGCUAAAGCUCCGACAGGACCACUCCGCUUUAAAGCACCUGCUUCUCCUGACAAAUGGACUGGUGUCAGAGACGCCCUGGUGUUUGGGGACGAGUGUCUGCAGCGAGUGGCCGCAAAUGAUGCAUUCAGAGAUCCAAACGCUCCUCACAGCGAGGACUGUCUCUACCUUAAUGUGUACACGCCGACUAAGAGAACCAGCAGCGCUCCAUUGCCCGUCAUGGUGUUUAUCCACGGAGGAGGGUACAAUUCUGGGUCAGGCUCAUCCUAUGAUGCUUCCUACGUCGCAUCUAAAGGAGUUGUAUUUGUGACCAUUAACUACAGGCUUGAUCUUUUCGGAUUCCUGUCAACAGAAGAUGACAUUAUGCCUGGAAACUAUGGGAUGUUGGAUCAGGUCGCCGCUCUGAAGUGGGUGAAAAAUAACAUUGCGUCUUUUGGAGGUGACCCAAAUCUGGUCACUAUUGUUGGACAAAGUGCUGGGUCGGCUAGCGUCUCUCUCCUCACUCUGUCACCGCUUGCCAAAGGUCUGUUCCACAGGGCGAUCAUGGAAAGCGGUUCCGCACUUUCGCCUUGGGCAGUCGAAUAUCCAGGAAAUCGAAUGACCCAUCGCAUUGCUGCCCGAUUGAUAAGCAAUGCCGUUAACUGCAAUGACUUAAAUAAUUCAUCUGCACUUUUGUCCUGCUUGCAAAAAGUAGAUGCAAAUACGUUGCUCAAGGCAUCCCUUGGAAUCACCAGAGCCGUACAAGCAACCCUCAUCAAUGUUCCUAGAGUAGAAACAACUUUUGGUUUUCUGCCAGACAAGCCAACUGCCUUGUUGUCUAGAGGACAAUUCAGCCACGUAGAUACUCUGAGGGGGUUUAAUAGUGAUGAAUUUGGAGGAAUAAUUCCGGCUUUAGCUGGUCCACAACCAGUCACAAGAGAGGUGGCAAAACAGAUUUGGAGAGGUCAGCUGGCACAGUUUACUGAUAUCGACCGGGAAAAGGUACUUAAAUCGAUGGAAGCAACAUUUCUCACAGGUAAGACAACCACUGACGCCAUACAGAGAGGAACACUGGACGGUGUCGAUUAUUUUGUUUUUGGGGCUCCAAUGGUAUCUGAAUUGGAAAAAGUUGUUAGCAAAGCUCCAGAAAAGAAACAUUACUUGUACCAGUUCAACUACAGACCAAGCUUCAGCAAAGCGCCACAAUGGAUGUCAGCUCUACACGGGCAAGAGAUGAUAUUCUGGUUUGACGCACAAAUAAAAUUGAUCACCGAUAAAGGCAAUGGGAUACCUACUCUUAACGACCGUCUGGUAUCUCUAGAAAUAAUGGGAAGGUGGACCAACUUUGCCAAGACAGGGAACCCUACGUCAACAAUUCCUAAUGCCCAAGCAACGUGGAACCAAUACAGAUCAGGAGCCCCGAACUACCUGCUCAUCAAUUCUGCUUCCGAGGCGAAACGGUUGUAUUCCCCACGGGUAGCUACUGAUUUUUAUCGCAAAGUUCUCGAUAGUCUUCAGGGACCCAGCUCAAACUCUAUUACCCCCAUUGUUGGGUAG